GUCGUCGUGGCAGAGCAAGCGACUCUGCUUUCUUUAGCGGUUGGUGGUACUUGAUAGAGAAGAUCUCACACGUGGCAAGUACGACCAAUCAAAGCAGUUGAAAAAAACGGUGUAGUAAUCCGACGUGGCAUAACGAAUGGGCCUAAUGGGCCGUACUGGUUAAAACAUUUAUGUCUUAGAAUGAAAUAUUUUACCAGCCCAAAUCAUUUUACUUCGGUUAUUCGGUUCAAAAUCGUUCUAUUCGAUUUGGUUCGGUUAAUUUUACAAAAAAAAAAACUUGUUCCUGGUUCGGUUCAGUUUGAGGUUUGUGUCCCCUCCUCCUCCUUGUCUAAAACCCCUAGAUUGGUAAGAACAUCUCUGUAGCUGAACGUCGCCGGUUGGAAAAUCUCUUCAAAUUACUCAUUUCCCCCGGCUGUUUCCACAAGGUAUCGGCCGUUCAAACAUUCCAUGCGGUUGUUUCCGAUUCCAUUACUCUCACACGUGAGAGGAUUGGUCCGAAGAGCACCUUCUCCGCGCAUGUACGCGGUUCCCGCACUCGCCUGUACGAACUCCACGAUCUCACACUCCGAGGAGCAAACGAAAGAAGGUAACUUUGAGGUUGUUAAAUCCCUGGAGCUAAACGAAGUAGGGGUUUUAAGAGUGUUAACCACUAUGAGGGACGAUCCUUACCUCGCUCUCUCGUUUCUGAAACGAAUCGAAGGGAACGAAGGGGCUUCUCUGCCUAGCGUUAGUGCUUACGCAGCUGUGGUUAGGAUCGUUUGUAGUUGGAGUUUGGAUGAGAAACUGAGUUGUUUGUUCGUGGGGCUCAUUAGAAAAGGAGACCAAGGGCGUGGGUUUAGUUUUGCUGAUUUGUUGAAUGCAGUUGGAGAAGCUGAAGAGGGUGAUGAGAAGUUGGCUUUUUUGUUGUUGAGUAGAGUCUCUAGUGCGUUGGUUAAGGCUUACGCUGAGAUUGAGAUGUUUGAGGAAGCUGUUUAUCUUUUCCGGGAGAUAGAGGAGUUGAGGUGGGAUGCGGAUGCGGGUGCUUAUGUCGUUGUGGUUCAGGCGUUGCGUAGGAAGGGAGAUAGCGAAGGAGUGGAGAAGCUUCUUAGCAAGUUGUUGAGCUUAGAGACGAGGAGGAGGCAUUGUUUUUUCUAUAUGGAUUUCAUCGAAGGGCUCUGCGUGAAUGAGAUGUCGCUUGAAGCUUAUACUCUACUCAGACCACUGAGGGAUGCAGACAUACUGGUGGUGGAUGGGAGUGAUCUCGCAGUGGCGUAUAGCAGAGUGAUCCGGGGUUUGUGCAAUGAGAUGAAGUUGGAAGAAGCUGAGAGCGCUCUUCUCGACAUGGAGGGAUGUGGGAUUGAUCCGGACGUGUCUCUUUACUCAGCUGUAAUGGAAGGGCAUCGCAAGAACAUGAGUUUCUCUAAAGCUCUGCGUUUCAUUGUCGAUAAAGGGGCCAAGCAAGGGAAGAGGAUCAUAAACCCUGUGAUCGCAAGCUCCAUCCUUCAGUGCUGUUGUCAGAUGGGGAAGUUUUCGGAGGCUUUCGAUCAGUUUGUAGAAUUUAGAAACCGUAACAUUCCGCUUGAUAGGUUCUGCUACAACGUCGCCUUUGAAGCUUUGAUAAAGCUCGGCAGAGUAGACGAAGCUAUUAAACUCUUCCGGGGAAUGAUAUGUGAAGGGAUAGCUCCUGAUGUUGUCAACUACACGACUUUGAUAGGUGGUUGCUGUCAACAGGGUAGAUGUUCAGAAGCAAUUGACUUGGUUAUGGAGAUGGAAGCCAAAGGGAGACCACCAGAUAUCGUUACUUUCAACGUACUCGUGGGUGGAUUCGUUAGGAAUGCACAGAAUGCGUCUGGUAUUUUAAAACUAAUGGAAGAGAGAGGUGUGAAGCCCACUUCCGUUACACACAAGAUGGUCAUCCAAGGCCUGAUCGUUGCAGGUAAAAUAGACGAGGCUGAAGCUUUGUAUCAGAGCUUGGAUGAA